UUCACUUUCCCAUUCCGUCACCGGAAAAUAAAUCUAAUCGGUCGGAGCUUUCAAAUAGAAGCUGUAAAACAAAAGCAGAUGGAUAUUUUCGAUAUCCAUAACGUGAAGGUGGAGAAAGCGAAUGCAACGCUACAGUACCGGCGCUUUCGAAAAAUCGCCAGACUGUUCCGGCUCGUGGAGCUGUUUUUAGCAGUGGUUUUACUCUCGUGGAUCUCGUCUCGCUUGCCGUUCGUUAUCAGAAUAUCUGGAGAGUACUUCCGGCAGCUUCUCUCCAUCGUCGUCAGUCCUCUCUUCAUUUUUUUGGUCGGUAACGUGAUUGUCUUAACUCUGGUGGUCAAAUCAGGCCAACUCACCGGAACUCCUAGUUCGGUAGGUAAUGACGGAAGUGAUCUGUAUGAAGAGAUUGUGAAUAAUGUAAGUGAAGAUGUUCCUCCUGUUCUCGAACCGGAGGAAAUUGUUUAUCAGGAUAAACGAAUCAUAUCUGAAGUAAAUACUAAACCGAUUGCUGGUAACUGCUGUAACGAAAACGAAAUUGAAGUUAGGAAUAAUCCGACGGCUAAUUCGGUUCCAGAUCUAGAUCCAAAAAUUUAUCGGAGAAGCCAGUCUGAGAACCUGACGAAGAGAGAGUGUUUUCUGGAGCUGGAUAAACUUUGCGGCAAGCUCAAGCGGUCGGAGACGGAAGUAGGACGGCGAAAAGUUGAUACUACGGUGGAGGUUGAGGAAGUGGACAACGUCGUCGACGAACUUAGCAAUGAAGAGUUUCAGAGGAGGAUCGAAGGCUUCAUCGCUAGACAAGUCAGGUUUCAUCAAGAAGAAAAAUUAGCAAUUGUUCCUCACAAUUUAAUGUGAUUUUCCGUACAAUUUUUCCAAAAGCGGAAUAAGAAAAAAAAAAAAUCAUAUUGCUACUUUCUUCAUCUGAUUUAUUUUCCUCCUUCCCUAUGUACAGUACUUCUACUAUUGGCCUCUUCAUGAUAUUAUCAGAUUCCAGAUUUCACA